GGGGCGCCGGGGGCUGCGGGGGCGGCCAUGGACGACGGGGGCGGCGGCGGCGGGGCGGGCGCCGGGGGCGGCACCACGGCGCGGAGCAGGGCCCGGCAGCAGGGCAACAGCGGCGGCAAGACCUCCGCCAAGCUCAUGGAGUACUUCAAGAGGAAGACGCACUUUAGCAGGGAGGAGAUCGAGUCGCUGUGCCGGGUGUACCGCAAGCUGGUGGCCACGAGCCACGCGCACAACUCUGGAGCCGCGGUGCUGCCGCCGCCCAACGUGGCCGUCGUCACGGAGGGCCUGGACCGCGUGGCCUUCCGCGAGCUGCUGCACAACACGUUCGACAUGGUGACGGAGGAGGUGCUCAUGGACCGCAUCUUCUGCGCGUUCGACCGCUGCAACGACGGCGUCAUCCGAAUGGACGAGUGGGUGUGCGGCCUGAGCGUGUUCAUCAAGGGCGACAACGACGAGCGCACCGCCUUCUGCUUCCGUGUGUACGACCUCAACAGCGACGGACACAUCAGCCGCGAGGAGAUGUUCCACCUGCUCAGGAAUUGUCUGGUGAAGCAGCCCCAGGACGACGACCCGGACGAGGGUGUCAAGGACCUCGUGGAGUUAGCACUCAAGAAGCUUGACUAUGACAAGGAUGGCAAGGUGUCCUUCAAAGACUUCCAGGCGGCCGUCAAGGAUGAGCCGCUGCUGUUGGAAGCCUUCGGCCAGUGCCUUCCAUCGGGAGGGGCGUGCCAGACCUUCUUGUCCACUCUCAGGUCCUGAGGGGGCCUCUCUGUCUAUGCCACUCUUUGCUGGAUUGUCCGAAUUGUCCAUUUCUCCUCUCCCCCAGAGCCUUCACUUGAGAACUACGAGGUCUGAAAUGCGUUCCCAAAUUUAUUAGUCCGGCCUUUAUGGUACACUUUUGAAAACCAAAGCACUAACAAUGUUUACACCUAUACACCUAGCAUUCUACUACUGUUCAGAAGAGUGCAAACUAAGAGAAAGUCAUUAAUGGAAAAGAAACAAAAGGUUCAUCAAUUAUCUUUCAACUUUGAGAAGGCAAUUUGAGUAAUUGGUAUUAUUGUUUAUUGUAGCACCACAAGGCAAAAAGAGGGAAAAACAUAAAUCACAAUUGUGAUAAAACAGUGAGUAAGUACACAAAGCAAAGUAUUACUUGAGAAUUGAGCCAAGGACUCGAGUCAACAUAAACAAUAUAACGUAACACCUGACUGCAGUAUAGGCUGUGAUUAAAGUAGAAAAGAAACAGUUUUUUCUUGUUUCUGUUGUGUAUGACCAAAAUACAUACACAAUUUGAUUGUUGUUUCACCUAGAAUCUAACAACUGUAUUUAUUGUACACCUGUAAAAUACUAAUAUUCUAGCUGAGUUCAGUAGGUGAAAUUGUUUUAGCACAAUAAAAAAUCAAGGACUUGGGGACUUGAGAAUACCAAUAAAUAUAGAUACAUUUAAUACUGGGAGCCGGGGGCUAAAGUAAAUAGAAUAAUAAUCAGACUUCACAACAAAAACAAAAAAGAUCAAGGGCAAGAUACCUCAAAUACUGAUAAAAAUCCAUAUCCAUCAUUCUUACAACAAGCUGUACCUGUAUUGAGUAUACAUCAUAAGAAUGUUGAAAUAUUCAGCCACCUUGUUUUCAGUAUAGAAUGCACACACACCAUGGGUAUAGAUAGUUAGGAUGGGCUUCCAUCAAGUAAAGAUGACAAUAACUAAAGGAAUUUUAGUUGGCAGUGUUAUACACUUUCCAUCAGAAGUAAGUAGAUAGAUAACUAAACAAAUUGCUGACCUGACAGAUAUGCCAUCAUCUCAAAGAUGCACAAGAUGCAUCAUGCCCAAACAAAUACCUAGUGGAGCAGAUUCAUGCAUCACUCUUCAUGAUUAUAUAAAAUAUAAGGAAAGUAAUACAAUAAUGAGAUUUCAUUAAACAAUACUUGCAGAUUUUAAAGGACAGUCAAAAUGCAGCAUAGCAUUGUGUCCACUAGUCGGUGGGACUUGCAACUAGUGAUAGAUAAAGCAACACAUGUAAGACACAGAAGAAUUACCAACAUAAGGUAUUUCCAAAUUCUACUACCAGCAAAUGAGAAUGAUAACAAAAAAAAAAGAAAAAAAAAGAUAA